AUGGCUGAGCAAAGGCAACGAGCCCUGUCAACUUCAGGGGAAGCACUGUAUCAAAUUCUCGACCUGCAAAAAGGUUCUUCUCAUGAUGAGAUUAGGAAGUCAUAUAGAAAACUAGCUCUGAAAUAUCAUCCGGACAAGAAUCCAGACAACCCCAACGCCACAGACAAGUUCAAGGAGAUCAACAAUGCGAACGCCAUCUUGACAGAUGUGACAAAGAGGAACAUUUAUGACAAGUACGGCUCCCUUGGCCUCUACGUGGCAGAGCAGUUUGGUGAAGAGAAUGUGAACACGUACUUCAUGCUUUCCACCUGGUGGGUGAAGGGUCUCUUUGCAAUCUGCGGGCUGCUAACAGGCUGCUAUUUCUGCUGCUGCCUGUGUUGCUGCUGUAACUGCUGCUGUGGGAAGUGCAAACCCAGACCUCCCGGAGGGGAGGAAUACGAGUGCCAUGUCUCACCAGAAGACCUGGAGGAGCAAAUUCAAACAGACAUGGAAAGAGAUGGUGACACUCCAAUUGUGCUUCAGCCAACAAAUGCUAGUGAGAAGACGCAGCUUAUUGGAGAUGGCCACCGCAACUAUAAUACUGACUCCUACAACUGA